GUGAGCGGUUGGUGAGCUUCGAGUGCGUCGGUGUCCUGCGCUGAAAGUUGCCCGACAGUGGCUAACGAACAGUGUCCUUAGGGAAUCAUUAUGAAGCUUUUCGCUGCCCUUCUGACGGUGGCCAGUCUCGCAGCGUCGAGCUUCGCGAGCCCGGUACCGGACUGUCCGCCGAGCGGGCAUGUCGGUGGCUACGCGUAUCCAGCCCCCACCGUCCAGUUGUCGGUCGGUAAGGCCAUCAACUCGGUCAGCGUGACGCCCGGUUUCUCGUCCUACUCGGUCGACGGUGACGUCAAGUAUGCCUCCGUUGGACCUUCGUACAGUGCGUACGAAGCGUCACCGGCCUACAGCGCAUAUGGUUCGUCCGAAGCCGACCUGAAGCUGACCAGCUACGAGCCGGCCGUGAAGACGGUGGCCGCCGUACCUUCGGUGGCCUACGCCAAGACUGCCGGUGUCGUGUACGCGGACAAGUCCCCGGCCGCCACCUUCGCCUCAGUCGUCCCGUCUGGCAUUAGCUACGCUAAAACGGUAGCCGCCACACCAGCGUACGUCGGCUCGGUCAGCAAGGUAUACGACAGCUCUCCGGCCUACGUCUCGAACGCAUAUCUUCCGCCGGCGGUCAAGACCGUCGUUUCGGCUCCCGCCAGCGAAUACUCGUACGUGGCCAGUCCGGCAGUCAGCAAGUAUGUUGCCAGUCCCGCCGUGUCUUCCUAUGUCUCCUCGCCGGCUGUAGCAUCCUACGUAUCCACGCCGGCGGUGAGCAAGUACGUGGCCACACCGGCCGUUUCCAGUUCGUAUGUACAUGCGGCGCCCGCCGUUAGCUAUGCUGCUGCUCCAGCCGUUAGCUACACCGCAGGAUACGCUCCAGCUGCCAAGGUUGCCGCCUACUCUCCGGCUGCCACUUACGCCAGCUAUGCUCCGGCUGUGAAGGUUGCUUCCUACGCUCCUGCGGCCAGCUACGCCAGUUCGUACGCUACCACAUCCAAACUGGCUUACGCUGCUCCAUCUGCCCCAGCUGUAGCAAAGGUGGCCACCGCCUAUGGACCAGCCGUCGCUGCGUACAGCUCCGGUGCUGCUGUCUCCGGAUAUAGCCACGGAUCGGGCUACUCGGCGUACUCGGUUUCUCCGGCCGUCUCGAAGGUUGUCUCUACUCCGGCCGUCGCCGCCUAUAGUGCCGGUCCGGCUUACUCAUCUUACUCCGCUGGUCCAGCCGUUGCCGCGUACAGUGCUGUUCCCGCUGUCGCUAAGGUGGCCACUUACAGUGCUCCAGCCGUGGCUGCGUACAGUGCCGGCCCUGCUUAUUCGGCGUACUCUGCCGGUCCAGUGGUCUCGAAGGUUCUGACGACACCGGCCGUUGCUGCGUACAGUGCUGGUCCAGCCUACUCCGCUUACUCCGUCAGCCCGGCCGUCACGAAGUACGCAAGCUCUGCGGCCCUGGCUGGCUACGCCACGACCGGUUCUUCGCACGGAUACUACGCCGCCGGUCCGGCGCUAGCGACCGACCACUACGGAGGCUACCGUUACGCUGCUGCUGCCCCGGCCCUGGCCACGGCCUACACUGCUCCGGCCACCGUUGUCAAGACCGUUGCUCCGACCGUCGUUAAAACUGUCGCCGAAAAGUACCUGGAACACUACGACGAUAACUCACGCUACGCGUUCGAGUACGGUGUGAACGAUCCGCUGACCGGUGACAUCAAGCACCAGAAGGAGGAACGUGAUGGAGACGUCGUGCGCGGCCAGUACUCGCUGGUUGAGCCGGACGGUAACGUGCGCACCGUGGACUACUACGCCGAUUGGGCCACCGGAUUCCACGCCACCGUCACCAACAGCCGGGACCAGGUGCACGCAGCGAAAGUGCUAGGCAAGCGCGACACCGUGAAGGCGUAAGGCCGCCGCUCCAGCUUGCCCAAGCCAAACGAAAGUAGUGGUUGGUUCCGGUUGGGACAAUUGUUGCUUCACUGUACAGAACGGAGCACAGAUCGAUGAGCGAGAACGUUUCUGCGGACGAGAUUCCGAUAUGGUUGAAUCCGUUUGUGCUAGCCCUGACUUGAGUUAUUGUUAAUCUUGAUUUUUUUUUUAUAUUAAUUCUUAUCACACUACUAUCUCCUCAUCGCCUCUUUGCGUCCGGCCACUGGCCAUCGGCCCUUCUUGACCAGCGAGUUUUGUUUUGUGUUAUUAAUGUAUUUAUUGGAUGGCCAAGAUUGAGAAGGAACUGGACCGACAAAAGGACCGGCAUUGCACACGAACGAACACACACACAGGGCACGUCCACACACGGCUCGUUAAGCAAAUGCGACGAGCUAGGAAUGAUUUCAUAAAUUUGUGUAUUUUCUUCUGAAUUCCCUACCGAUUUCGGACUUCGAGUUUAGUCGCUGUAAAUAUAAAUCCACUCCAUUGUUUGUGACAACAACAUCAUGAAGCCCUGUACAUUCAAUCUUCAGUCUCAAUCUCAACAAUCUUGCGUUUAUGCCUUUUUUGUCACAAUUAUACUCAACGGUUCCCUUCUUCAUGGGUCCCGUCUUCUGUUCCAACGUUCCAUCGCGUUAGCAGGAACUCUCCAACAGCGCGCGGCCAGAUAUCGGGACGUGGUCGGGACGAAAACAGAUCCUCCACGUGCGCAACGGACACCAGGAACGUUGAAAAGCUGCAAAAACGUGUCAGCAUGUGA